CAAAAAAUCUCAGCGCUAAUUAAGCCUGCGCACCGUUCCCAAACGCAUCGGAUUGCAGCCCAACCGCACGCAAACCACUCAUGACAUCAUUACUGACCAGCCAGUGGCUCGACGCUUGUAUUAUCGUGCCCGCUGAAGAUUGUGACAUAAUCGCACAGCUCGCACAGCGGGCUGCCGCCGAAGGGCACGCGGUUUCGGACCUCGCCGAGUUGCGCACAUACGCGCUUACUACCGAAAUCGACGAGGCCGAAGCGAGCCUCGUGGAAAGCUUGAAGGACAAGAGCCGCACCAUCGAGGCGGCGGCGGCGGCGGCCGCGGAAGAAGACGCCGCCCGCGCGGCGAAGUCGGCGGCCGACGCUGAGCUCGCAGCCGCAGAGCAGAAAGCUCGCGAUGCCGCGCGGCGCGUAGCUGCGGCCAAGGCUGCUCGUGCCACCAAGGCCGCAGAGGCGCGCCGCGCCGCCGCAGCGAAGGAUGAGGCCGCGCGCCGCCUCGCCGCCGAGAAGGAGGCCGAGACGCGCCGAAUCGCUGCCGAGGCGGCCGCCGCCGAAGAAACGGAGUCCGACGACGAGGACGAGUGGGCCGAGUUCUGGGCCGGCACCGAGGCGCAGCUCCGCGGCGACGUCCAGGAGACGGCCGAGGGCUACGACGUCGUCCUGCGCGGCGCCGACGAGUUGGACGUGUCCGUCGAGGGAGACUCUCUCCGCGUCGAGGGCGUGAUCAUCCCGAGCCCCCCGGUCCAGGACAAGAUUCUGGCCCUGGCGAAGCGCCGGGCGAUGCGCUACGGGCACGGCCGCGUCACGGAAGAGGACGUCAUUGCGGCCUCAAAGGGCCGCUUCGGCCGCGUUGACGAGGUCGUGCGCCUCCCGGCCAAUGCUGAUGUUGGAGGCGCGACGCGCGCGUGUCGCGGCCGGGAUGUGGUCGUCAGCGUGCCGCGCCGGGCGCCGCCUCCGCGCCGCGUCCGCCGCGCCGUCGACCCGUACUACGGCCGUGCGCUGUUCCGCGAGCCGAGCUACCCUCCUAUCUACUCCUACUAAGUUGUUGACGUGUAC